GACGCGCUGAUUGUGAGAACACGCCACUGACCGCAGUGUGACGAACGUUAAGCUAACACCGCGUCACGCGCCAGAGUGACUGUUUGUUAACGUUAGAUAACAAACAUAACAGUUAGCUUAGGAGAGGAGUCGCUAGCUAACGUUAGCAUGACAGCUCGAGCGCAGUACUAAGACGGUGUCACGUGCCAGUCCGUAGCAGAGAGAGGACAAUGAUACGAACAUGAUCAACGCCGAUGGCUUCUCAAAAUGCGAGGCGACUCAGCAAGAGAGAGGCGGGAGGAGGAGGCCACCCGCAGAGAUGCUCCAUCUGCUGUCAGCUGUUAUUGUCUGGCUGGUGACGGGGACCACCAUCUCCAGCCUCAACAAAUGGAUAUUUGCCGUUUACAACUUCAGGUACCCUCUGCUGUUGUCGGCGCUGCACAUGCUGACCGCCAUAGUGGUGGACUAUGGGCUGAUCAAGCUGCAGGUGAUCCGCCACAGAGGGGCCUGGGAACAGGACCUGACCCCCAGCGCAAAAUGUAAGGUGUUCCUGUUGAGUCUGACAUUUUGUGCCAGUAUCGCUUUCGGCAACAUGGGUCUGAACUAUGUCCAGCUGUCGUUUGCACAAAUGAUCUACACCACCACCCCGCUCUUUACCUUGGCCAUCUCCACACUGAUCCUAGGCAAGCAGCAUCACAUCCUCAAAUACACAGCCAUGAUGCCCAUCUGCCUGGGAGCCUCCUUCAGCAUCAUGGGAGAAGUCCAGUUCGAUCAGACCGGUUGCUUCUUUGUGUUUGCAGCGACCAUGUUGAGGGGCGUCAAGUCGAUUCAGCAGAGCAUCUUACUCCAGGAGGAGAAAAUCAAUUCCGUGUUCCUGCUCUACCUGAUGUCCAUUCCUAGCUUCUGCAUCCUGGCCGUGUCGGCUCUGGCCUUAGAGAACUGGGCUCUGCUGGAGUCGCCGUUUCACUACGACCGCCACCUGUGGGUCUUCAUCCUGCUCAGCUGCCUGGGCUCCGUCAUGUACAACCUGGCCAGCUGCUGCGUCAUCACGCUCACCUCCGCCGUCACUCUGCACAUCCUCGGCAACCUGAGCGUGGUGGGGAACCUGCUGCUGUCUCAGCUGCUCUUUGGCACCGAGCUGUCCCCCCUCAGCUGCGCCGGCGCCGUGCUGACGUUGUCCGGCAUGCUCAUCUAUCAGAACUCCGAGUUCAUCGUCAGCUUCCUGGACGCGCGCAGGGCCAAAGCGGAGAAGUCUGGACGGGUGGACAAAGCUAGUGCAUCCGAACCGACGUGUCAUCAGCAGCCGGGAACGUGCGAGAAACAGGAAGACAAGAUGGACUGAACGGAGAAGAUGAAGGAGAGGAUACAACUUUGAAAGAUAAAGUGAUUAAAAUCCUGGCUAUGUGAGGGUGAGUGACUUUUUAAGGCCGUCAUCAGUGAUGAUGUGACAGUUUUUAUUUCUCCACAGAAGUGGAGUCCGCGGAGAGCUAAAGGUAGCCUUUAUAUGUCAGGAUGAUGGAUAACUUCUCUCCUUCAUCUGUAAAUCACUCAUCCAUAGCCUUUAGCGGUAUACGCAUGCGUGAGCACACUAAACUGUUUGAUACCUCACAAGGUAUUCACACUGUCACUCAUACUACACUGUGAAAACGUUCUCAUCGGCAGAGGGCUCUAAAGUGUGACGUUAAAGGCUUAGAGAGACCUCCGCCUCAAAUCUGAAUGGGCACAAUUUGUAUGAAAAGUAUUUAUUAAUGGCACUGUUACCUGACAUUCACCUGGUCAUGGUAAGGGACUGGGUUUUUGGCAGCUUUUUUUUUUUUUUUUUUUUUUUUUUUUUUUUUUUCAUUUGAACCACGAAGCUUGUUUAAAAAAAGGACGCUUAAACUUUUUCGAGGCAGAAUUUAACAAGGAGAUUUUGUCUUUUCCUCCACUGGAGCACAUUUUUAAAUCUGUGUAUUUUGUCCUCCCUCUAUGAACCUCAGUGUGACUUCCCACUUAAGGCUUAGAUUUUGUUCUCGGGCAACUCCCUGGAGAAUUACUCCAAUUAUUUUCAAUCUUUUACAACAGCUCUCCUCGAUAAUUAGGUUCACGAGUGCUCUAAGGAGUGUCACGCAGCUAUAGCGGUCUGUUCCCUGUGGAAGAGAAGAGGAAGGAGAGGAUGUCCUUUAAGGUUGCUUCUUAAAUCCCAGCCAAUGUCAGCGGGUUAGGUUCAUUGUUUUAAGUUGAAAAACUGCCCCCUGCUGGACAAUGUUCUCAGUAUUUGAAAAACAUUUUAUUAAUAUGAUUUUUGUUAUUUUUUUGGUGACAAAACACAUUCUAUUCCUUAAAAAAAAAAAAAAAAAAAAAAAAAUAUUUAUGUGGAAGAAAAUACUUAUUUUUGAACGACUUCAGCAGUCACUGGCUUUGUUAUGCUGUAGCUUCUGGUCCUCGUGUCUUGUACAUGCAUACAUGUAAUAUUAGUACACACUAGUCUCUCUUUUCAGAGGAAAGUCAUAAAUACUAUGCAGAAGGCUGCAUGUCGCUGCUCCUGAAAGCAUCUUACAUCAUCCAGGAUGUCUGUUACUGUGCACUCCCGCCUACAUUCACGGUUUGCCAAACGUCUUUUGAAAGCUUUUUUUUUUUUUUUUUUUUUUUUUUUUUUUUUUUUUUUUUUUUUUUUGGUCACACUGUGUCGAAAUACUGACUUGAUCACUUCUCACAUACAGUUGAGCUCUCACAAGACAACAACAAUAACAACGCCAUACGUCAACGUUUUUUUUUUUUUUUUAUGACACUUGCCACAAUUUCCAUAAGAAUAACUACAAGUAGGAUUGUACGCUGAAAGAUUUCAGUUGACGUAUAACUGAUCAUUUAUAAAAUAUUCUCCAAAGCAUCAUAAAUAACCUCAAGGUGCUUUUCGGUCAUUAAAAAUAGUGCGAGAAAGAUAUGAAACGGUUUUAGGUUGCAGUUUGAUAAAUGUUUAAUAAUUCUCAAUUACAGGUUUAAAGAUUAUGUACAGCAGAUCGCUUCACUCGUUUUACAAUAUUGAAUACCUCAGCUGUUAAAUGGGACUUGUUAGGGUAAAGUUGCCCUUUUGUUGGUUUAUUAUGAACUAUUGGACUGAGAUCAAGCAGCCUUUCAGUAACCACAAUGAAACCGCAGCAUGGGAACGAUGGAUUUCUCUCUGUGUUCAGUGGGUCAAUGUAUUUUAAAACACAUUAUUGAUCAUUAUGGUAAUGAUCAGAAGAUUUCAGUUCGGUCUCAUUCGAACGAUCUCCAGCUGGUGGAAGUUUGGCUGCUUGUUCUCGUGGGUCACAUGUCGAUUGUGAGUGUGGGGCGAACAAAACUGUUGCACUUAAAAGGUACGAAGAGGCUUCGUACGGACUGGUUUUAAUUGUUUGCAAAGCUAGUUUGGUGUAAAUAGAUGUUUUAUGAUAAUAAUGUAUUUUAUAGUCUUAUGUGGCUGGUUUAAACUAUACUGAUUUAAGAAUGAAACAUUUGCCUCAUGCCUUAUUUGGACAUACUGUAGAUAACAACGGAGUGAUUUUAUUUCUCAUUUUAUCAGAUUUUUUUGAUUCAUACUUUGAAUGCCAACAGCAGGUGCAGGUGCUUCUUUUUAGGGGCAAAUAUAUGAGUGAUUCAUGUACACAGGAUCUGCAAUUGCUUGAAUAAAAAUAACAAUGGACAAGUA